CCACUCUCUCUGCCCACCUGCCGGCCUGCACACCUCAUGUCUCUUGUCCUCUGAACUUCUGCGGAUCUAUUAUUAGCAUCACCAGAUCCAGUCUCGACGUCGAACCGCUGCACAAGCGUCGCCUCAGGUACCCAAGUAUCUUUUGGCUACCCUUGUCGCGAACUGGAAAAUCGGACGUCGCUCGUCGAGAUUCACGGUCGCUCUCUGCUCGCAGCGCACAAAAAGGAAGACCGCGGCCCCAAUCUCGCCAUUUGUCGCGUUCCGUGAAGGUCCGGUGUUUGAAGUGGCAACGCAAGCCUCCAGCACCAGCACCAAGCAGCCUCCAAACCCCCCCCCCCCCUCCCCCAAAGACCACUAGUCCCGUCUCGAACAGCUGCGCUGUCGUGCAGAACGCUGUUGUCACCAUCACCGACGCCCAUUUCUGGGUGUGGACAAGCCCAUCACGCUGUCCUCUGAUCGGGAGUUCAGAGCUCACGUUGCCGGAAUCCAAGCACACAAAGCCUUAGUGUCGCCGACGCUUCGGCCGUGGCACCACCGUCACGAUGGGUCGCAGGAAGAUUGAUAUCAAGCCCAUCAAAGAUGAGAGGAACCGCUCUGUCACCUUUUUGAAGAGGAAAGGCGGCCUCUUCAAGAAGGCUUAUGAGCUAUCAGUGCUCUGCUCCGUCGACGUGGCCGUCGUCAUCUUCGGCAACAACAAGAAGCUGCACCAGUUUUCGUCUCGGGACAUGCGCGAGAUGCUCCAGCGGUGGACCUUGCACGGUGAGCCCAAUGAGUACAAGAUCCCGGCGGAUUUCAACGGCGGAGCCGACGACGAUGACGACGAUGACGAAAACGGCAGCUCGCCGCAAGGCGAGGGCGUGGAUCCUCAGAUGUACCCUCCUCAGUUCCAAACUCAGCCCCAGUUCCCCGUCAUCCGAAAUCACACGGCUUCGGCAUCGCCCCCGAUCCCCAAUGGCGUGUUUGGGCCCCGCGGCCACACCCCCCAACCCCAGAUGGCGUCCCGGCCCUCGUCGCGCAACGACAUUCACCGAAUGGGGGCGAACAUGGUCGGCCAACCAGUUGGUCCUCCCGGGUCGCAACCGGGUGCUGUGAACGGCUUCUCCCGGUCUUACAUGCCGCAGACGGCCAUGUACAACGCCCAGAACCCCCACAAUAUGCCACCAAACAUGCCUCACGGGUUGCCGCAACCUCACCCGCAAUAUUCCUACCCGCAGCAACAGCCGCAUCCGCACCAGAUGCAGCCGUACGUGGACGAACAGCGAAGAGCGUCGGGACCUGCGACUUUCCCUCAUCAGCCACCGCAGGGUCAACAGCCCGGACGCCAUUCCGUGUCCCCGCCGCAGCCUCCCGCUCAGCUGCCUCCCCAGCCCGUUCCGCACAUGUCGCCGCCGGCGCAGGCACAAGCCCACCCCAUUCAGAGUCCGCCUCAGCAACACCUGCCGCCCCCUCCCCCGAACCAACAGCACGAAGUCCCCCACAUUUAUGUUCCAACCCAGGAAUCGCCCGCCACGGAGCCCGCGCCCGCGCCCGCGCCCGCGCCCGCGCACGCGGAGCCGAAGCCGAAGCAGGAUCUAGUGGAGAGAGCGCGUCAACCGCUCCUCCUGAACACCAACGUUAAGAAGCAACCUCCGCGCAAGGGAGGGAGCAUUUUCACUCCGAUUGAGGAGAACAAGUCGAUCCUUCAGCAGCAUCUAGCCGCGUUUAGCCGUCCCGAGGUCAAAUCAGAAGCACCACCGUCUAGCAGAUCACAGUCGAUAGACGCGGGCAGUGCGCCGAAAGGCAGCAAUCCGAGCUCGCCACCAUCGCUGCCCCGCAUAAACACGCAACCACAACAACCUCAGAUCAAGCGGAAUGGGUCGCUGGGGACAAUUCCCGAGACCGUCUUCACCCCUCCCUCGCGGUCCAACAGCCUCCGCGUCGGCGGCAGCAACCCGCGGCCGCAGUUGAAGGUGCGAAUCCCGGACGAGUCGGACGGAGGCAGCGCUACAAACGGGUCGGCUUCCCCGCGGGGCACGACCGCGACCGACAUUACGUCGCAGCCCUCGCGACGACCUACGGAUUCGCAUUCGUCAGGCGUCGUCCUGCCGCCCCCCUCCCCUUCGGCCUCCGCAACCCUCCUCUCGGCAGGUGCCACCGGCCCUCCCAACCCAUUUGCCCGGCCGCCUCCGCAUCAGACCAUUGAGACGCCCGUCUCUUCCCUGCCGUCCCGCUUCCUCGGAGACGGCCUCAUGCCGAGCCCCAACCCUUUCUACGCAGAAUGGGGCAUGAAGGGUAACGAGCACAACACCCUGAGCCCGCUGACCUGGUCCACGCCUGUCGCCGGGAUGGGCCCGUCCUUCCUGCGGGAGGAUCUACCCCCGCUCAAGAGGAAGAGCCCGGAGCCUAGCGGAAAUGGCGGGGAUCACGAGACUUCCGGUGAGGCGUUGGGCGCCGAUGCCAAGAGAGUAAAGGUUGAUCACUGAGAAAGCUACCAACACUUCUCUUUUUUUUUUUUUUUCUGUUCGUUAUCUUGGGGGUCCUGUUCACGUAUUGGGGGGUUCUCUUCUCUCGUUUUUUUUUCUGUCUCCGGUUUAUUCGUUGGUAUUCUUCCGACAUGUACCAUAUUGAGGAUAUCCCCCUUGUUUUCCUUCUCAGUAUAGCUUUUCCUACUUCUUCUAGGGAUGGGGUCCGGAUCUGUGGGUUCCGUCAU